GUUGUUUAUUUUCAUUUCUAGUCAAGCAAAAACUCACCCGAACCUCGAAUUUCUACCCCGUUCCUCGUUUGAUCAUUGCACAACAUUAACAGAAAUUCCGUGGUAUAAUCUUGAACGAUAUUACUUCAUUAUCGACAUGAAAUUGGCGAAUGCGAUACAAAAAUCUUCCCAAUUUUAACCUACCAAAAUACUAAUGGUUUUCUCUUAAGUAAAGAUGGCUUUAAUUGAAGAAACCUGCCAAAAUUGUGGCCAAGUGAAGUUUACACUUCAUCAAUGUCCUCAGUGCAAAAGUGUGUCCUAUUGUUCCAAAAAUUGUGAAAGAAUGCACAAAAAUGAACACAGCAAAGUAUGUAUUGCUGCUCAAAAUACUCCAGAUGAGUAUUUGAAAGAAAGUUCCGUUGAUGAAACAGAAAACUUUUGUCAAACCUGUUUUAGAACUAAUGUUGCUUUGCAGAGAUGCUCCAGGUGCAAAACUAUUUACUAUUGCUCAAAGCUGUGCCAGAAAAUUCAUUGGGCAGCACAUCAAAGCGAUUGUAAGGCUUCGAAAGCGAACUGUGAUGAGAAAACUAGUCAUGAAUAUAGCAACGGCGAAAGCUGUAAAAAUGAAAAUUGUGUUGACGAAGGUGAAGGGAAUGGUGAUAAGGCUGCUAAAAAGAAGAAGGCUAAGAAAAAGAAAAAAAAGAAGAAUGACAAUGGCAGCAGCAAUAUAGUAAAAGACGGUGCCAGUGGUAAGAAAGAUACAGGUGUCAGAGAUGAGAUUGAUAAGGACAGCGACAAAGAUGCAGCAAAGAACAGCAGUGGAAAUAUGAAUUGCAAAGGAGAAGCUGGUGGUACAGACAGUAAGAAGGAUGCUAGCAAGAAGGGGAACAGCAAAGCUGAUAUUAAGACUGAAACAGUAAACAAUGGAAACCAGGAUGCAGGGACAAGUGUAACAAAUAAUGCUGGAAUAUGCGACAAUUGUGGUAAUUUUUACGAACAGUUAAAGAGAUGUAGUCAAUGCAAAAUUGCAAAAUAUUGCUCAAAAUCUUGUCAAAAAUCUGCAUGGCCUCUUCACAAGAAAUUAUGUACAUCUUCAAACAACGCAAAUACUGAAUCUUCAAGAAUUGUAGGUAAUUUCCGGAGAGCUCUAGCCAAAGCAGAAAGGAGUUUUCCCUACCACAAUAUAAUUACUAAAUUUUAUGAGGUUUCAACAGAAUGUCAGUUUUAUGAUUUCCAAGAAAAUACACUUCUUGUUGCUUUCAUUAUAAGCCCAGGAUUCCAUAUAUUUAGGCCAAGUUAUUACAUCCAGGAUACUGAUGGUUGCAAUUAUAUCAUGAUAUUUUAUCACCAAGAAUCAGAUCCUUAUCCAUAUUUUUCCUGGGAUCAACUGAAAGUUGGGACAUAUAUUUGUAUCUUGGAACCGGAGCUUCAUUAUUUUCUUGAUGGACGAGUUGGUUUUAGAAUUAACUCCACUGAGGAAGUUCGAGUUUUAUAAAAUAUUGCAUGGGGAGACAAUUUGUUCAACCAAACUCCUCGUGGUGGUGGUCCUGUAAGGCUGCAAUCUGCAAUUCAAUGACAAAAACAAGUGAAAGAUAACAAAAAAAUAAAAUAAAAGAAAAACAUGUUUUAUUUUUGUGAAUAAAAUUAAUGUGGUCUUAAA